AACGCAAGCGAUCGUCAUCAGGAGGAUGCGACUUUACCGAAAGACCCAGAGAAUAUCAAUACUGUAUACGGUGUUUAACGUUAUAACUGAGAAACGAAGGCAGCUGCCGUGGUGCAUUGUUCAGCGCGCUAGCAUUGCGAUCCAGAGCGCGCCGGUUCGAUCCAUCCUCCCGGCACGGCAGGAUGCCUGUCGGGGCAGGCGGUGCGUCCUGCGUGGUGCAGCUGGAGGAGCGCGUUCACGUCGUGGAGUUCAGUCCGUUCCCCCGCAGCGCUGGGCUCAUCGCCGUGGGCUGCGGCGCUCUUAUCACCCUCGGAGCAUGCUCGCUGCAGAUCCGGCCGGGUGGCGCAGCGGAAGAGCGGGCGGCUUGCAAUCGAAUUGUUGAGGAAGAGGGUCUUGUGUUCACCCGCAUGAAGUCCUACGAGGGUGGCGCUCGCGUGCACGCGCUCGCGUGGAGCCCUGACACGCACCUGGGUCCCCACCCCCAAAUGAUCAGGUUCUGCUCAGCCACUGCUGACAAGAAGAUCCGCGUGUACCGCUCAGACCUGCAAGGGAGCGAGGAGGUGCAGGAGCUAGAGGGACAUAACGCGUACGUGAAUGCAGUGGCGUUCGAGCCGACCGACGGGCAUCUUCUCGCAAGCGUCUCCGACGACAACACGUGCCGGAUCUGGGAUGACUCUGGUGACCAGCAAGUCUGCCUCCCGCUGCUCUCCCCUGGCGCCAGUGUGUGCUGGAGUUCCGCAGAGCCUGACAAGCUGCUGGUGGGCGAGCGUGGCGGCCGCGUGCAGGUCUACAGCACGAGGAGCUGGGCCACGCUGCUCUCCCUGGACUGUGGGGCCCCCAGCCGACCCCUCAUGAUGGCCGACUGGAGCCCCCUGGACCCGGUGUCUGUUGGCGCCGUGGCAGGGGCCGACUGGCUCCUGUGGGACUCGUCACGUGGCAGCUGGCCCGUGGAGCGUAAGCCAGCGCACCUGGAGGGCGCCUCCCAGUUUCGUUGGUGCCGUACGGUGGGGGGCGUAUUUGCCACCACAAGUCCCCCUGGACGGCUGAGUGGAACGCUGCUCAUUCACAACCUGGCACACGUACAGCCGGCGCUGGAGAGCAAGGUGCCAGCGCUGUCGGGCCUGAGCUGGCACCCACAGCUGCCUCUGUGCGCCUGUGGUUCUGACCGCAGCCUCUGCUUCUGGCUGCUGGAGCUGUGAGCCCUGGUGGCCAAGGCCGGGCGCCUCACGUAGAAUCUGCUCAACGAACGAUCGCCCGUGAAACAAGAGCUUAGCAGCACGUGGCUCAUGCUUCCUCUUGAUCUCUUCUCUGAAACCAAACCUGAAAAGUUAAGAGCCUCAACCAGAGGUCAAGUGAGGGGGUUAGUUGAAGGGCUAGCUCUAAUUGCCUAGUUGAUAAGGAUUAAAGGUAGCAAUCGUACCAGUGGCCGGUUGAGUUUGUUUGGGGUAAAGCUGAUUGGUUGGCUCAUGGGUAAGUGUUAUGCAUUGGGGAAAAUGUUGACUUGGUUAUCAUGCAAUCCAGCUGGCUCAAUGGUUGAGUAAGCAGCUGGAAGGUUGUGAUUUCAAAUACUCUGAGCGUUGACUCCGGCCCUUCAUUCCCCUUUGGACCAAAAUGAGCAACACGAUGUGAGGAAAUUUUGAUUUAAAGCUUUCGUGACUGCAGGGAUUCAUAUUCUUGGUUCUUUCGGUAAAGUUCUUUCGGUAAAGUCAAAUAAUAAAAAUAUUUUUUUAUUAUAAUUUUUAUUAUUAUUAUUUUAUUGUUUCCCUUCUACGUGACUUACUUUACCGAAAGAACCAAGAAUACGAUGUGGGGAAGUUAACAGUAGUUGUCCUGCGGAGGAGAGGCUCGCCUACGACACUGGGAAUGUGGAAUUUACGCCACUAUCUCAGGGCUCCAAUAAAUGGCGUUUUCAUUUUCAGCUGCUUUUCAUUUGCCAGGAUUCGGAUGUUGCCAAGUGAGCCAAAGCACGCCGCCAUGCCUGUUGCCCAGGUUGUGUUUGUGAUAAAGGCCUCGGUGCAUUUCUGCCAAAAAUCCGACAAAGAGGAACAUUUUCCAAUGAAUUAAUCGUGUGACCCUGUUCGUGUGCAGUGCCUUCACUUUGUGCCGUGUUUUCAAUAAACGCCAACAUUUCUAUGGGA